CGAAGACCAACGCCGUCGACAAUGGAGAAGAAACAAGGAUUCUUAUCGGCGCUGGAGGAGGUGGUUCGUGGCCUAUCUCCGGCGAGGACACGCCCGAAGAGUCCGUCGGCGAGGAGCCAGUGCCCUACGUCAGCCACUCUGCGACUCCUCCCUCGGAGGUGGAAGGGACGCGGCCGGCAGCAACUUAUGGAGCAGCAGUUGCCGGAGUUGCAGCUGAUCGCGCGAUCCGAGAGCUUUCGUCCCGAGAGGAAGGUCUUGGCGCCUCUCGCCGAGGGUCCUCAAAGCGACGAGCCGGAGGAUACCGGAGGCUCGAGGAGGGAAGGGUGGGGCCGCUGGGUCUGGGGCCAGCUCGGCCGGCCGCCUUCUGCUAUGUCCUCGGCCGCUGCCACGUCGUUCCGCCGCUCCGACCUUCGCCUACUUCUCGGAGUGAUGGCGGCGCCACUCGCCCCUGUUUAUGUUAACGCCGGCGACUCAGUACUCCCGCAGCUAAGCAUCAAGGACACUCCCGUUGAAACAUCAUCGGCGCAGUACAUCCUGCAGCAGUACACUGCCGCGUCCGGCGGCGUCAAGUUGCAGAGCACCAUCAGGAACGCUUACGCCAUGGGCAAGGUGCGCAUGGCGGCGACGGAGUUCGAAACAGUCACCAAGGUGGUCAAGAACAGCGGCGGCUUUGCUCGUGCGGCAGAGUCCGGCAGUUUCAUCCUCUGGCAGAUGGCCCCCGAAAUGUGGUACGUCGAGCUCGCCGUUGGCGGAAGCAAGGUCCGCGGCGGCUCGAACGGCGAGCUCGUCUGGCGGCACACCCCUUGGCUCGGUACCCACGCCGCCAAGGGCCCCGUCCGACCCCUCCGGCGCUCCAUCCAGGGUCUCGAUCCUCUGACCACUGCGAGCAUGUUCGCCGGCGCACGUUGCAUCGGCGAGAGAACUAUCAACGGGGAAGAUCUCUUCGUGCUGAAGCUCUGCGCGGAUCCACAGACUCUAAAUGCCCGUAGCGACGGUCCCGCCGAGAUCAUCCGCCACGUCCUCUUCGGCUACUUCAGCCAGCGAACAGGACUCCUGAUCCGCAUCGAAGAUUCCCACCUGACGCGCAUCCAAUCCAACGCCGCCGGCGACUCCAUCUACUGGGAGACCACCAUCGACUCCUUCCUCGACGACUACCGUCCUGUGGAAGGCGUAAUGAUCGCCCAUUCCGGCCGAUCGGUGGUCACUCUCUUCAGGUUCGGCGAGAUGGCGAUGAGCCACACCAAAACCCGGAUGGAAGAGGCGUGGACCAUCGAGGAGGUGGCCUUCAACGUCGCCGGCCUAUCGGCCGACUGCUUCAUUCCUCCGGCGGACAUAAGACGCCGCUCCAUCAGCGAAACCCGCGAGCUACCCCAUUGCGAACGGGGCAGAGCAAGCAACCGCGCUAAGCUGCCGGCAUCGGAUCAAAAACGCCAACGCGCAAGUGACGCCAUCGUCUGGAGGGUCGAGGUUUAGCAGUGCACCGGCGAUCGAAGAUGGAUCAAUUGUUAGUGUUCUCAGAGAGCUUUCAGAAUUGUACAAAUGGCAUUGCAAUAUUCGAACAAGCUAAUGGUGACGCCAUGGAAGAAGACAAUUAAAGCUUUUAGCUAGCUGAGACGAUCCUUUUUGUUCUCCAUUUGCUUUUCCCUCGUCGAUCGUCCUCUUCCUCCAUACCAAACCAUCAUGCAUGCAUCCUGUUUCCA